UAAAUAUAACAAUUUUCAGUUUGGUUGUAGUGUAGCUCGAAAAGAAGUAGGUAGGUCUCGAUAAACACUAUCUCUGCACAGCAUCCGUUCUACUAGUUUCUGAAAGUCAGCCGGAGACAUGUGGCAAUACAAAGCCAUUAUAGCUGCCUGUGCAGUUUUUGCCGUAACUUUCGUUUUCGUCGAUGCAGCGCAGUUACAGGGUAUCCACAGAGGAAAAGUCAAUAACACGAGAAAAGGAAUUUGCACUUUGGAAGUUCCGACAGUCGACUUGUUGACACCUGAAGAUAGACGUAACGGAGUACCUAGAGGAAAUGGAUCCAGGACAGGCUACAGUAAAAUCGAAAUUUGCUGCUCUGGAUACGAAAGAGUGCCACAUACCCAUUUUGUCUGCAACCCAAUUUGUAAAGGCUGUGAACACGGUAAUUGUACUGCCCCUAAUGUUUGUGAAUGCAAACGAGGAUACAUCUAUGACUCCCUUAAUGAUGACUGCAUUCCAACUUGUCCCUUCGGCUGCUUGAAUGGUGUUUGCACCAACAACGGACAAUGUUCUUGUAAUGCUGGAAAUGUACUCAGUGCCAACGGAAAAUAUUGUCUUCCCCAUUGUACAGGUGGUUGUGGAGUCGGUGGGCGAUGUACAGGGCCUGAAAUUUGUACCUGUGACCCAGGAUUCAUCCUGGAUAGCAAAACGCACAAAUGUGGAUACCACUGCGAAGGAGGUUGUGGUGAAGGCACGUGUAUUGGGCCCAACCAAUGUUCCUGCAAGCCAGGCUAUAAGCUUCUGGAUCACACCUGCAUAGCAGAUUGUCCCAAAGGUUGCCACAACGGGGAUUGUAUUGCUCCAAACAGGUGUUCCUGUAAACCUGGAUGGACUCUAGAUGGGUCUGGAACAGUUUGUUCUCCUCAUUGCAACCAAAUGUGCCUCAAUGGUGACUGUGUUGCUCCUGAUACGUGUGCUUGCAAGAAAGGAUACACCCCAGCCCCUGGAAGUCACAAGAGUGAAAAAUGCGUGGCCUUCUGUCCAGGAGGUUGCAUGAACGGUAUUUGUUCAGCCCCCAACUUCUGUAU